AUGGUCAAAUUCAUAAGUUUGUCAAUAUCUGAUCAUUUAUCCUAUCACAUUUAUCCUAUUCCAAGAAAUAGUAUGCAAAAGUGAGAGAGACAGACAUCCAUAUUCUGACACCUUGGCUCUUUUUUUUGUAUAUUGCGUUUGUUAAACAAAGAAUCAAAUAUACCGCCAUCUAUCAAUCAUUUUUUUUUGGUUUUGAACCAAGGUGGCGGAGGUGACAACCAGAUUUGAAUUCAAAUAAAUUUGAAUUCUUUUGAGAUAGCCCAGUCAUUUUUUCAAAUACGUACAAUUUAUAACAAAAAAAAACACAGUUUACUUUAUCAUCAAUCAAAAAAGUAUUUUAAAUAGAUUACCUGACAAGUUAAUAACCGAAAUAUACAUAAUAUAUCUAAAAAAUGCUCACCGUGAUUUUGGAUUUUAUCUUUUCAUAAAUACAGAGUAAUUAUAUCGGCGUGGUCUAAUACAGCAAAUGUACUAUUUAAGCACAAGAAAAUAUCUCAUUUCAUCAUGAAAUUUUCAUGACCAAAUGGAUCUCGUGAGACAUUUGGAGACUAAUGGUUUUAACACCAGGCGUAAUAGGGACUAUGCCCCUAUUAUGUUACACCUUGAAAAUAAUAACCUUCGAGGCUACCUGCGACACACGCGCGCAGGGAACACCUGGUUUUGGCAUCACGUCAAGUUCAAUCUGGAUAUAGUACAUGAUGGCCUACUAAAGCCUAUAAAGGACAACAUAUCGCAAACUCCAAAAAACACCUUACAACUCAAGGAGCCGUGGGCUCCAAAGAAUUUGGCUGUCACACCAAACGUAAGUUUUUUAACAUUUUUUUUUACAAAUUAUUGCAGACCUCCGAGGUGUGUUUUUUUUAAAUUCAUCUAUAUUUGAUAAAAUAUGUACAUUUAUAAUUUUUAGCUUGACGACGUGAAGUUCAAUCUGGAUAUAGUACAUGAUGACCUAUUCAAGCCCAUUAAAGACAACAUCUCGAAAACUCCAAAAACACCUUGGAGCUCAAGGAGCCGAGGGCUCCAAAGAAAUUGGCUGUCACACCAAACAAAACAAAAUUAUUAG